ACAGGUGUGAGGCGGGAUGCCAGUUGUGCCGAGUGGCGCCGGUGUCGCGGCCUAUGAGCAGGCGGUGGUGAGCACCUUGGAGCUCCUCUGUAGCUCCUCUGAGCAGACCUACGAGGGCUUUCUGAGCUCCUUCACACACCUCCCAGCAGGAGGCGCUGCAAAUGGACAGUUGGACUUGGCAUCAGGAUUGAACCCCCGCCAGACAGCUAGUGGGAUGCAAAAUGGGGCGAAGACAGACAUGGCGGAGGGAGAAUGGCUGGGUGAUAAGUGUCAAGAUGAGCAUGUGCUGGACAAAGGCGUGACAGUGGGUGGGUGCGUGACUGGAGCGCGCCCCCCUGGGGGGGUGAAGUUUGACAACUACCUGGAUGUCUCAGACUUCAGCCGUGAAGAGGAAGAUCUCAGUUUGAAUUCAGAUCAGAUGGCACUGCCUGGUGAAGUAGAAGAGGGUCUCCUUUGCACGGCCUCCGUCUGCCACCACACCACGCUGGAGUUUCAUACGGUAGCCCUGAACCCAGACCAGGGCCAAAGGUCAACUCCUGGAAGCCAGGAGGCGCCAGAGGAAGUUCAGCCCUUUACUUUGGAUGAGAACUUUGACUAUGACCAUGCUGUGCUGUCCCAGAAGCAUCCAGUGCUCUGAAGUAGCUGCUGGCCACACUGAUGGGGGAUUAGGGGAGUUACCCGUUGUGCAGUUAUGAGUAGCUCCUCACUGACUUGCUGCAGAAUGGGCCACCGUCUCUCUUGCUGUGCUUGGGUCUCUGCUAACUCUGCUGCUGCUCGUAGGUCUCCCACAUCAGACAGAUCGACAGCUUCACUGCCAAGCAGACGGCAGUGCAGUGUGCAGAGAUUGAUUUGUGUCUGGUUUGGGUGACAUCACUUGCAUGCCCGUAAUUGACCCUGUAAUGGAGCUUUUGUCUCACCUCACCCUUCUUCAGUGCACCACUGUAUAUGCAGUAGUGCAAAACGGUAAAGUGUGCAAGUACAGUCUGCAAUGUGGAGUGGUGAAUUUAAAAAUGUACCUGUGUGCUUCCCUAACCUCAUGGGGCCGCAGUUCACUACAUUUCGUGUGAUGCUGUGGGAGGGGGGCUUAGCGGCUCAGUGGGUAGCACUGUUGCCUCAUACCCUUUAGGGCUGGGAAUUCAAAUCCCGCCCACAUAAUAGCCCCCCCCAAUGAUCCUGACCAGGAUUACCCUUCAGAGGAUGGAUGGAGAGAUGGAGGGGCAGUGUUUUGACUGGUGCGGUAUGAUAUUUAGCGGGUACUUUUCCCCAAUUCUUUACAAUACGUUCAAAAGUUUCUUGGCCAUGUUAGAGAUUUUGCAUGGUUUCUGAGAGCUGUUUUUCCUUGGUUUGAUUCAGGUGUGGCUUGUAGGCCAGUGAGCAGGCAUGUUGUUUGUGUGUAAGUGUGUUUGAGGGAGUGCGACAUGCAGGCCUUUGGACAAAGUACUUGGCAAAAUGACAUUUCGCAUACUUUUUAAAGAAGAUGGGGAACUGUGCGCAUAAUAUUUCAGCUUAAGUAUUUUUAUGCUUGUUCCUGACGCCUCUGAAUCUGGAGGUGGCUGUUUUGGAGAGUGGAGCAAGGCAGUAAUGGACAAAACCUCUUCUGAGCUACGGAGUGAUAUUUUUUCUGGGUUUAAUAUUAAAGUUAUAAAGCAAAAAAAAAUGUAGUCAGUCGUUUCCUUCUUUUACAGCACACGUUCUCAGACCACUCUGAGCAAAGCUUCCGUUAUGCAGAUUGGCGCUUCACUGUGAAUAAUGGAAUCAGCAGAUGAUCAAACUGAAAUAGGAGGGGGGUGGGGGGAGGGGUGGCCAUGAACUGGCCUGUCAGGUGCCACAGUGAGGUCACUGGGAUACAGCUGAUUGCUCCAGUCAAGGGUGUGACUUUGGUUUGAACAGUGGGGGGGGGGGGGGGCUUGAGGUCUCCCCCCAUUUAGGGGGAGACAUGAUUGUUGGGGAGGUUGUAUUGGCCGGUUUUCAUUAUUGGAAGGAAUAGUCCCCCCCCCCCCUGUAAUUUAUGACCAGGCCUCAACCACAUAUCAGAUUCUCUGUUUCAUUCAUGCAUAGAGAGAACACAUUAUCACAAAGUGAAUCUCUUUCAUAGGAUAUUUCUACUUGUAUUGUAGGAAUAUUUGCUUAUUUAAUUGUCUGCUGUGGUCCGGGUGUUAAGUACUUACAAAUACGGAUUAAAAUUGCAUUUAAGUGAUGCAUUUUUCCAAAGCAGCGUACAAGUCCCUGGGGCUGUUGGGGUUAACGGCCUUGCUCAAGGGCCUAACAGUGAUAUAAUAUAUCUGUCAGCAAAGGGAUUUAAACCUAUGACCUUACAGACGUGGGCAUAGAUCACUAACCAACUGAGAUAUACCUCCCCCCCCUCCCCAAAAAUGCUUAAUUUUAUGUCAGACUGGGCACACAGAACCAUUCUGGGAAAAGGGCAACAUUCACAAACGAUGUUCUAAUUGGUCUCCUUGGGUGCUGGAAUAGAACAUUAAAAACCGUAUAGUUGAUUUAUGUAUUAGGCAAGCCUAUCAUUUAUGUCAUCAUAGCAUAGUUUGCCGUAGUUCAUUUCAAGCCUGUGUCUUGGGCUAUUGUAACACAUAAACAGGACCAUUAAUAUAUUGUGAAAAAUAGCUGAAAAAGGGAGCAUAUGUAUGUUAUCAUUCCUGCUCCUAUGAAACGGGAAAGGAAAGAAACUGCUGGUGUCUAAUAUAAAGACAUGUUUUUACUGCUUCACUAUUGCUGGAUGGAUGGCCUGUUUUAUGCAGGGAAAAUUCAGUCGGUUUCAAUCUUUAAAAGUGUAAAUCUUGACUCGAUGAUGCAAUGCGGUGUCGAUUCGUACCUUGAAAUGGAACACAGUUCAGUAAGGCUCGGCGUGAUAGGAUAUGAUGUGAUCUGAUACUGACGAAAUGGCAGAAAGCACUCUUCAAAUGAAAUAGCUCAGUUGGAGUGACUGGAAUAUUUUGUCAGACUGUCACGGGCUCUCCACCCGAGGAUGAAGGAUGGGGAAGCUUUACCCCUCCUGUGACAGCUGUAUGGAUUGUACUGCUAUGCAUUGACUUUAGAUGAAUUUUUCCUUCUCUGCAGAUGUGCUGUUGCAGUCCCAGUUCACGCGUAGCCCCACGGCCCAGUUUGCCCAUGUUAAUUGCGCGUCUCUGGCCUUGCGGAGAUGACAGUUAUCGUCUGUGCUAAAUGUCAGCGUACCUAGGCCUCUCCAGCAGGUGGAGAUGGAGGUUGGGGCUGUCGGGCAGGUGGGGCCCCCGCCGCGAGAAGCACCCCGUCGAGUGACUGAUCUGCACUGCCGCAGGGCUUCGGUUGUUGCAGUACGAGUUGGGAGGGGGAGGCAGGAGGGAAACCCCUGACACAGGUGUGAUUGUUGUGGGCUGCCAACGGUUCCCUCAGCCCAGGUGAUCUGGCGGCCCCUUUCAGGGCAGGUGGGCGUGUUGGGUGGGUGUCCUGGGGGGUAUCUCCCCUUAUCUUCAACUCCUCAGUUUACAGAAGAGUGCCUGCAGGGUUUGCCUGCAUGUCAUGAUGUAGGUUUUACUCCAGCCGUUCCUGUCAAAUCAUUAGUCAUUAAGUCGUUUUGUUUAUUUUCUCUAUCUUCCAUUAAUUAAUUGUUAGAAUUUCUCGUGCUAUUAAUUCUCUCUGAAUUGACGUUUCAUAUGUUCUGUUGGCUUCUAUACAAAUUCACACUGCUUCCAAUAACCACUCUUGCUUAUUUAUGCUUUAAAAUUCAUUUGUUGGUGCUCCAACACAGGAUUAUUGCAUUGGGUUUAUUGAUACAAGCAUUCAGAUAGUGAGCUAAACUGUUUAUUAAUGAUGAUUCAUUUGAUACAGGGUCCUCCCUUCAGUGUCUGUAAAGAUUUCUGACUCAGUCGUGGCAGAAAUUAUGAAAAUAACAUUGAAUAUUUACUGACUUCUGAGUUUUAACAAAGACAGACAAGCUAAAACAGGUUCACAGGCUGGACUGUAAACGCUAUAGUUACCUUUUGUUAUGGGGCACAAAGCUUUCUUUAGGAAUUAACGCAGCAACAGCAAUUAUGCUACAAUUCAAAAAAAAGAGAAGAGAGCAUCAUUCCAGCCUGCAUUUUAGCGAGAGCGCCUCCAUGUUAUGAUUGAUGUAAGUGAUGUGUUGGGGAGGUGACAUUUUCUCCAUACGGUGUCACUGUUUCCACAUGUGUCACGUCCUCCUUACCCUGCACCCAGCAUGUCUUGCUGCUGGGUGCUGGGUACUUACCAGUGGUGUGCCGUAGAGAAGGAUGGCUCUGCCAGCAAUCCCAGGAUGUGAGACCUUGGGUCUGGCUGUCCGCCUGCUCUUUGGGCCUCUAGGCCAUGCAGCUGGACCCUGGGUGAGUUGGACCUGUGAUAACGUGAGUUUCAUCACAUUUCUUAGGUUUUCCUUUGUAAAUUUUUCAGUUGCUUUUGUUGAAACCAGGACACUGACGGCUCAUGGGUCAAACAGAAGGCCCUUUGGUACCAGCAUUGAAUUCCGUAAGCACUACACAUGAUCCAGUGUGCAAAGAGAGGAGAUGCCUGGGUUUUUUGGUUUGGGGUGGAGGGGGGGGGGGGGGGGGAGAGGGAUUAACGGUAUUCACCCUAAUCUCAAUGGCACUCAAUACACAGAAACUUUUAAGUCAGGAAAAAAAAUUAAACAGCUGCAUCGAUUCACCAGCUGUAAUUUUUACGGUUCACAGGUGGUGGGUGAAACACUAAUGCCUCAGAUGGCACUACAGUAUGAGAAUGACAACAAUAUUUGAAUUAAAACAUUUGAAUAGAUGCUAUCAUGUAUAUUCAUGAGUUAACCUGCAAUUAAAUAGUGCACCGCAUUGCGGGAGGCACAAAUAAUGAGGUUGCAUAUUUCUGCUUUGUUGAUAUUGUGUGUUUUUUUUCAGUGGCUUUGCAGCUCUAUCAAGCUUGCUGGUGUUUUCAUAGCAUUACCCUCCAGACUCACAUCUUGAUUAUAUGAUUAUAUAUGUUUGCGAGGUGUAUUUUACCUUCAAAUACAGCUACAGCUCUUGUGGCUGCCAGUCAGAAAACAUGAAAACUCUUAUCUUGUGUGCAGUGAACAAAUAAACAAAAUAUGGAAUUUUAUAGGAACUACAAAUCUUGACCAGUUGGUUCCUUUGGCAGGAAUGUUGAGCAGGUAAAAACAAAUGGUGCAGGAGCAGACGAGCCAGCUCGACUUUGAAGAUUAAAAACGGAUUUUCACAUCCCUUUGAAUAAUGCAGAUAAGUGAUUGUCAUUACAACAUUUGAGCUUUUCCAAAUUAAUUGCUUUGAAUAAUUAUCUGGAACAGCAUGGAAGAGACAGGCACACUUACAGAUCAAAACAAAACACUGUGGAAGCACAGUUCUCUGACAGCAUGUAAUUUCUAUCAUAAUUUGAGAAACACAAAGCUGAUAUUAACAGCAGUCUCUGACACCAUUUUUUUUAUCUUUCAUUUAUGUAAUUGCAUAUUUUAGCAAAGGCAAUUAAUGUUUUACCUCUUAGCACUUUAUUUAGGGAAAAACAGGUGCUGUUUUACAUUCUCUCAAACAAGAGAAGGCCUCGUUCCUGACAUUUGUUGUCAUUAAUUCUUCACUCUUGAAUAAUUUGAUAUCUCUGCAGCAUCUGCUAGCACAACGGUCAAGGGCUGAAUCCGUGGUGUGAAGACAGAUUUCGGUGAAGUAUUGUCUGAACAUUUUGCUGAGUUACUUCUGCAUAAUGUUUUUAUUUAAGGAACUGUUAUAUAUGCACAUAUGCAUGUUAACUAAAUGGAAAGAACUUUGCAUAGAAGGCCAAGCUGGAAAUGGUUUCAAGCCUACAAAACAAAGGCAUCUGACCUCUUGCGACCUCCUCGUGAAGAUUCUAUUUUUGGGAGGCCUGCCAGAAUUCCCUGUCCCUUGUCCCAUGAGUGUGAUCUGCUGGUCAGGGCUUAGGGAAACACAAGCUCGGAAAAAUAAGCUUUGACAGGAGUCAAGCCCUGCCAAUAUGCGAAACGCGGUGGCAGUCUGCAGUGGCACCCCAAGUGUCGGGCUGAAGGAUGGAUCGAUUGCUGUGUUUCAUGAUUUCUCAAGAUGGACAGAACAGAAAAACAACAAGUGAAUAUGCAGGUGAUCCAGAGGCUCAGCAGAUGAAAUGUGUAGCACUGGAAGUAGAAUUGAGGAGUAUUCCAUUAUACAUCAUUAUUAUUUACUUUAUUAAGUGUGUAUGGGUCAGCUUGCAGUUAUAUUCAGUUCAGUUUAAUUGUUUGUAGCACCCUUCACAGCAGUCAUUUAUGGCACUUAUGUGUGGCAAUCCAUUAGUUCUUGUAUGCUAAAUGGUUCUGAUAAAAGGAAAACGACACAAAUUCAGCCACUUCCUUACUGAAAUUUACUCCAUAUUUUACUGCAUAUCUUACACAUCUCAUGGUGAAUUGCCACAUAUACUUCCUGCAGAAUAUUGGAUUGUAUGUAAUGUGAUUUUGUUUGUGCAUUUAGAGUGAGAUCUUGAUGUCAACGUAUCAAUAUUUCAUUGUUAGUGCAUCUUGAAAUCUGCGGUGAGGUAUUUCUUUCUCUGGUGAGAUACAGCACAUCAACCCAUACCCUUAAAAUUUCAGGCCUGUCAUCACUCAAAAAGGAAUGCAGGCAAGCCACAUAUAUGUUUUAGUGUGCUAUGUUGCUGACUAGCCUAUGCCUUGUUUCAAUGAUCCUAAUCCUACUAAAAGAAUAAAAGCAUCUUCUCACUGUGUAGGAAGCAAAUGGUUUUUAUCAGCAGCAUUCCUCAGUUUAUGUGCCAUGUACUGUAAUUUAUCAUGAAUAGCAGCACUGCCUCUCAGAAAAAAAGAAAAAACUAAGUUUUUGACACUUAGUAUUUGAUCUCAAGGUUUCACUGUACCCUUGAAGGAAAAGACCCAGUCUGCAAGCAUUGCUAUCGACAUAUGAUAUCAUAACUGUGGUACUGAAUGCCAUUUAAAAUAAGACAAUGUCCACUGUAACCCCCAAGUCAUCAAGAAAGAUUGGAAUAAAAAUCAAUUAUACUCGC